AUGAAAGUCGUGGCAAUGUAUUCCUCUAGACCCGAUCUUUUCUCCUUUACCGACUGGAAGGUGGAACGUGUUAGCCGCGGAGUCUUUGCAUUUUUCGGUAAAUAUACAGUAAAUAUGACAGUCGAAGUCGGCGAUUGUAAUGAGAUCGAAGUCCUUACAUAUCGCAGUGAAAAUGGUGUUAGAGAUUUUCGCCUAUUACCAUUCAAAGUCGAACGCCAGCAUAUUUUUGAUUAUAUGAGUGGUUUCUAUAGAACGUAUGUAAUGAAUACCAUCAAAACAUGUUCAACCAUGCCAGUUUUUGAGGGACGAUUUCAGCCACCAUUCGAAAAGAGAGACUACGUUUUAGAUAAAUGUCAGUUCAAUUUGGAUGAUUAUCCAUAUGUGCCAGAAGGUUUCUACAAAGUUGCUCUAAUUGGUUAUGGCGAUGUAAGCUGGUCAAUGAAUUUUACAGGGCACAUAAAUGUGUGGUAA